AUGGAGGUCGUCUACCUUGGCGUAGCUCUGGUAUCCUUGUGUAUCGCGCUUCUUUCCAGGCGUGCACGCAGGUGGCCGGCGUCGAACGAGGCGCCGGGGCCGUGGCGGCUGCCGGUGAUCGGCAGCCUGCACCACCUCGUCGGGCAGCUGCCCCACCGCGCGAUGCGCGACCUAGCGCGGCGUCACGGGCCGGUGAUGCUCCUCCGGCUCGGGGAGGUGCCCACGCUGGUAGUGUCGUCCCCGGAGGCCGCCCGCGAGGUGAUGAAGACCCACGACAUGCUGUUCGCGACGCGGCCCCUCAACUCCACCAUGAGCGUGCUCACCAACGGCGGCCGGGACAUCGUGUUCGCGCCCUACGGCGACCACUGGCGGCAGCUCCGGAAGAUCGCCGUCCUGGAGCUCUUGUCGCCGGGGCGGGUCCUGUCCUUUCGCGCCAUCCGCGAGGAGGAAGUCGCCGCCAUGCUCCACGAUGUCGCCGACGCCGCGGCGGCCGCGCGCCCCGUGGAGCUGCACGCGUGCCUCUCCGUGGUCGUCUCCAACAUCACGGUGCGCACCGUCAUGGGUGACUACAGGUUCAAAGCCCGAGGGGAGGAGUUCAUCCGUGCGCUCCACCGCUCCCAGAAGCUCGCCGCGGGGUUCAACCCGGCGGCGCAGGACAUAUUCAGCGCCGGCAGCGAGACGACAGUCAUAGAGUGGGCGAUGGCAGAGCUGAUGAGGAACCCAGAGGCGAUGCACAAGGCCACGGCCGAGGCGCGGCGAGCCCUGGAGGCCCGAGGCAGCGUAGAGGAGCACGCCCUCGGCAAGCUCCCGUACCUGCAGCUGGUAAUCCAGGAGGCGCUGCGGCUGCACGCGCCCACGCCGCUGCUCAUCCGGCGGGAGUGCCGGGAGCCAUGCCAGGUGCUCGGCUACGACGUGCCGCGGGGAACGCAGGUGUUUGUCAACGCAUGGGCGAUAGCACGCGACGGGCGGUACUGGCCCGACGCGCCGGAGCGGUUCGAGGGCGAGGGCGCCGUGGACUUCAGGGGCAACGACUUCUCCUUCCUUCCAUUCGGCUCCGGCCGGAGGAUGUGCCCGGGGAUGGCGUUCGGCCUCGCCAUCAUCGAGCUCACGCUCGCGAGCCUGCUGUUUCACUUUGACUGGGUGGUCUUGCCGGGUGAACCAACAACGCUGAAUGAGGCACUUGAUGAUCCAAGGUGGAAGAAAGCCAUGGAUGAAGAAUAUUCUGCACUCAUGAAAAAUAAAACCUGGCGUCAAUGUCUUGUCGAAAGGAAGGAGCAAGGAAUCGAGCCCGAAUUCUCACCAGACCUUAAGGUGCUCUUGUUGCUUCUGGUUCGCAUGGGAAUGAAAAACUGUAAACCUGCACUCACUCCAUUGUCCUCUUCAAAAAGACUCUCAGCUUAUGAAGGGGAUCCUCUUCAAGAGAUAGAAAGUACAAGGUAUAGAAGCACUAUUGGAGCAUUACAGUACUUGACACUUACACGUCCAGAUAUCUCAUUUGCUGCUAACAAAGUCUGUCAGUAUCUGCAUGCUCCUACCACUGCAUACUGGUCAGCUGUCAAGAGGAUUGUUGUAGUGAUAACAGAAAAUCAACCGGAAGCUUUGCAGUCUUCUUUGGGUCCAACCUCAUCUCCUGGUGUGCAAGAAAGCAGGCAAUAG